CGGCGGUAUAUAUCACAGAGUUUGCGCUGAAGCCCCGCCCACUUACUGAAUCCCCGUAGGAUUCCCUGUUUACGGAAAAGACGUGAACUUUCCCAGGAUGCUGCUUUUGGCCAAGUUUGGCCAAGCUGGAGCCCGAAGAGUUGUCACAGGGACUCGGGGGACAUAUAUGAAGGAUGGCAGGUGCAUUUUUACCUGUUUGCCAAAAUAUCCUGUCAUCCCCAAGACAAGACUGACGGGCCUGUUGUUUCCCUGCUCCUCCACUGGCCAUUACAGAUACUUUACUGUGUCAGCUCCUCAUGGGAGUCAGAAAACCCCAUCCUACAGUUAUGUGAUUAUUGGAGCAGGCUCAGCAGGCUGUGUCCUUGCCAACCGCCUCACAGAGGAUGCUCAUGAGUCUGUGCUGCUGCUGGAGGCUGGGCCUAAGGACAUGUGGCUUGGCAGUGUAAGGCUGUCAUGGAAGAUCCACAUGCCAGCUGCACUGACCUACAACCUCUGUGAUGACAAGUAUAAUUGGUACUACCACAUUUUACCUCAGGCCAACAUGGACAAUCGAGUGAUGUACUGGCCACGAGGCCGUGUUUGGGGAGGGUCCUCCUCACUCAACGCUAUGGUGUACAUCCGCGGGCAUGCUGAAGACUACAACCGUUGGCAGAGAGAGGGAGCAGAAGGCUGGGAUUAUGAGCACUGUCUGCCUUACUUCAAGAAAGCUCAGUGCCAUGAACUUGGAGAGAACCGGUACAGAGGUGGCAGUGGACCUCUUCAUGUGUCAAGAGGAAAGACCAAUCAUCCUCUUCACAAGGCUUUUAUUGAGGCAGGGCAGCAGGCAGGAUACCCUUUCACUGAUGACAUGAACGGAUACCAGCAGGAAGGCCUGGGCUGGAUGGAUAUGACUGUUCAUAAAGGGAAGAGAUGGAGUACUGCCAGCGCCUACCUGAGACCUGUCCUGGCUCGACCCAAUUUGAAGGCGGAGGUGCGCUGUUUGACUACCAAGAUCUUGUUUGAUGGCAGUCGUGCUGUGGGGGUUGAAUACAUGCAAAAUGGACAAAAGAAGAGAGUGUUUGCAGAAAAAGAAGUGAUACUGAGCGGAGGAGCCAUCAACUCCCCUCAGCUUCUCAUGCUUUCUGGUGUAGGGAACGCAGACGACCUGAAAGAACUCGGCAUUCCUGUUGUUCAGCACUUGCCCGGUGUUGGUAGUAACCUGCAGGAUCACUUGGAGCUGUAUGUCCAGCAGCAGUGUACUCAGCCAAUCACUCUGUACAAAGCGCAGAAACCCUUCCAUAUGAUCAAGAUAGGCCUGGAGUGGCUCGCUUUGUUCACUGGUAACGGAGCAACAGCCCACUUGGAGAGUGGGGGGUUCAUACGUAGCCGGGCGAAGGUUACACACCCUGACAUUCAAUUUCAUUUCCUGCCCUCACAAGUGAUUGACCAUGGACGAGUAGCUUCAAAGAUAGAGGCAUAUCAGGUUCAUGUUGGACCGAUGAGAAGCACCAGUAUCGGCUGGAUGAAGCUGAAGAGCACAAACCCAUUAGAUCACCCAGUUCUCCAGCCAAACUAUCUCUCCACUGAUAUUGAUGUGUGGGAGUUUAGGGAAUGUGUCAAACUCUCUCGAGAGAUUUUUGCCCAGAAAGCCUUUGACCCAUUCCGUGGUCGGGAAGUCCAGCCAGGUCCCCAGGUCCAAUCCGAUGCUGACAUCGAUGCUUUUGUACGCCAAAAGGCUGACAGUGCCUACCAUCCGUCUUGCACCUGCAAAAUGGGCUCACCCUCAGACCCGAUGGCAGUCGUUGAUUUAAACACGAGUGUUUUGGGUCUGGAGCGGCUGCGUGUGGUGGACGCCUCAAUCAUGCCGAGCAUCGUCAGCGGAAACCUUAAUGCUCCAACCAUCAUGAUUGCUGAGAAGGCCGCUGAUAUUAUCAGAGGACGUCCUCCUCUCACCGACGCAGGUGUUCCAGUGUAUCAACCUCCGAGUCUCGACACACAGAGAUGAGCUGACAAUUCAACAGAUGAGUAGAGGGUAACUUGUGGGUUAUGUCUUUGAUUGGGAAAUGAUUAUUCAACUUCUAAUAACAUGUAAACAUUAAUUUGUUACAAAUUAUUCAUUGCAACAAUGUUGCCCUGUAGCUGCAAAUGAGCCAGUUUAGCUAAAUGUAUUUUUCUUAACUCGACUGAACAAUAUCAGUAUUGUUAUAGAAUCACACUAACACAUUUCUCCUGUCUCAUUUAUCUAAAUUAAGAAAUUCAUACAUUUUGCUUUUGUUCCAGUUGCACAUUAAUUGCAAAUACUUUAUCAGGGUAGAUGAACAACACCCCCCACUCAACACCUUAUUGCAUUUUUCUUUUACAUGGUACAAUAUGGUGCAGCUCUUUUCAUUAAAAGAAGUACCACGUAAAUUAUACCGAUGCUUUUUAUGGUACAAUCUCACAUGACAUACGGUGAUGUCAAAACACUGCAAAAUGCUGAUUUAUCAGAAUGAGUGAUCAUCUGUGGGAGUAAACAUCUGCAGUUGUGCACACAAAUGUAGACAAACUUCCUUGCUCUACAAAGUCAUUUAAAGUCUGGUUUACAACAUAAAUCCUCCAUAUUUUAUUAGCAUAUUGCACGUAUUUUAUAUGUAAUUGAUGAAUAUUUGUUAAUACAAGUUUAUUAGCUAUGUAAUAGUUCUCUAAAAUCUGUGUCAUAUAAUAAAUACACAGCAAAAUUGUGUGUUUCAUCUCUGUUGGUGCAACUUCACACACAGUGAUAGACAGCUGAUCCGCCAGGUGAAGGUGCUUUUGUCUGUAGUAGAAAAUGAAGAAUGGAAGCUGAACUGCACCAUACCAUGUAAUAGAAAAAUGCAGUUAUUAAAUUUAAACAAUGUAUUUUUGUGCAAAUAUACUCUUUAAGUUCAAUCUUACUAACCAAACAAGAUUACAGCUGAUUGUAAGGUUUCAGCUGCACUACCUUCUACUGAGGUAAUCCACAGCAACAGUUAGCAGCACUGUACUUUCUAUGAGCCAUGUCUGCAGUCUGUAGUUAGUACACAUACUUUUUUUAUGAAAACAUAAACUUUUCUUUCAAUGUUGUCAGACAAGAAGUGACUAAAUAACUAAUUUUGUACAUCAAAACAGGCAACAGUGAUUGUAAACAACAAACCUUAUUGUUAAAAGAAAAAAAAAACUUUGCAGGACUGUGGAUUAAACCAGUGGAAAAGAGGAGCUAGAGAGAAAGAUGGCACCUAAGCAUGGGUUCAGGCUUAGUAAACAUCCUUGUCUGUUUGGUUUCUUAACACUACAGUAGUCCAGCUCAGAGCCAUUACACUACCAAAAUGAGGGUUUUCUCAUUUUCUUUUCAUGGCUACAAAGAAAUGACCACUUCACUUUUACAUGCUCUGGAUCACAUACAAAAGAUCCCUUUUGUGUCUUUGCAGUAGAAACUCAAAUCUUUUACAGGUGGUAAAGUUUAUGGUUCAUUUCAGGCUGGGAGCUGUGCCAUUCAUUCAAGCCAACUGGACACUUAAAUAGCUUUCAGUGUAUAUAAAAGAAUAUAUGACAACUGAAUUCUUAAAAAUAUAUAAAUAUAUAUAAGUGUUAGAGAUAUUUGCAAAGGUACUUACAGAUGAUUGUGUGGAAGUGAGCAAAUUCAAGCUUUUCAAUACAAUGAAACCAUUGGUGCCUGUACGAUUAUUAGAUUGUGGUGUCAGUGUUACUGUGGAUGCAACAUGUAACUAAACAAGUUUACUGAAGAUAGGAUUAUCACAUGUGGGUGUUUAGUUUUUAGAAUUAAUUUCAGUGAUGUAUGAGGUUGAUUAAAAUCUCUUUGUGUUAUCAGCCAUGAUGAAAUGUACCGUUAUACAGAUAAUUAUAUUUUAUGACACUCUGUUGCUUAAUUCAUAACCGCUACUGUGACAAGUAUUGUUUACAUGAUAAUGCAGUGUUGUAUUAAACAGUGUAAACCAUGACCAGAUGUGAAUCAGUUAACAUGGAUCAGAAAGGGAAUAAACUCUACACAUUGUAAAGCUU